UCUCUGACUCCUAUAUUUUAUCAGCCAAUCACAUUCGAGUAGUCAGUCCGCCCUUUAGACUACACUGCAUCAAUGCUGCUCCCAACGUUGCUGCUGCUCUCGGCCGCUUGUGCGUGGGCACGUCCUGCUGCAUGCAACAUCGACGGUGUCCAGAUCGAUCAUGGCAGUGCCAAGUAUUUAGUGGGCCGUGCACAUCGUCCCGGUAGCAUCUUCGCCCGGUGUCUGUUUGGAGCCACGACCUGUUUCGAAGACCGUGGACUGGUGGACGCGCCGCAGUGGAUCAAUAGCCGGGAAGUGGACUGCUUUGAAGCCACGGAACGCCGUCGCCUGGGUGUAGCCAUCAUCCUAGAGGAGGAUAUCUGGCCGGAUCAUAUUGUUUGGUACCGUAUCAACGGCUCCUUCUCCGACUACGAACUCGAGGUCAUCAACACGGCCGUGGAGCUCUACAGUAAGGCGGACGUGAACGUGACACUAGAGGAAUGCGACCCAAUAUCGAAAUGCAAAGGUAAAUACGUCAGUAUUGAGCAGAACGAGGACGCGUGCUAUGGGAUGGUCGGAUACGUGAACGACGGCAAGCCACAGAUCAUGAACCUGGGCGAGAGCUGCUUCGCCGGCGGUCCGGGCAACGUCGUCCACGAGAUCGGACACGCCAUGGGGCUGUACCAUGAACACACGCAUCCAGAUAGAGAGGUUAUUGUACUGACAGACCAAAAUCUACCUGUCUCGGCUGAAAACUACGCCAAAAAGACGAGUAAGGAGGCGACGCUCAAGCCGUACGACCCCAAGUCCAUCAUGCACUACGGUCGUACAGCUGGUCUCUGUUUCCCAAAGGCGCAGUACCCGCUUAAGGCCUUUUGUGACGUGGAAACCGUUAAGAACUGCAUCCAACCGGUAGCGCAACACUGCAAUUCGAGUCGAGAUUCGGAGAUAGGAACACGUGCGGUACUCAGUGCCGGUGAUAUCUACACUCUCCGUGCACUCUACGGCUCCAAGGACAACGCGAAGGUGCGUGAUGUCAAGAUUCCUACACUAAAGUCGUCGACUGCUGGCAGUGUCGGCGCCCCAGAUUCACUCUCGGACAUGGUCAAACAUACGUCCAGGCCAAAGAAAAGUACAACGACCGAAGCGCGGUCUUUAGACCAGCAGUCGUCGGGCUAUAAGCCCGGGGAUGUUCAUCCCGAGAAAGAGGGAGAUGAGGCUGAGGUGCUGGAGUGGUAUGAGAAUCUGGAGAAUACCGUCGAGAUCCAGAAGAAGAAGUCGAGGUCAAGCUAGAGUUGAACCGUACAGGUUGAUUGUUCAUACGCAUUGUUCACAAAUAUAUUAGCUGUUUGAGUCUCGUUCAAAGGCUAAGGCGUCUAGAG